UCAGCUACAGAUUCUUCCCAAGCCAUUCUUUUGAUUGCUAUUUGUUCUACACCAUCAUCAUGGCCAUGUCUGUGAUCAGAACAAAACGAGGCAUGGUUAAACCAGCCAAGGAGACUCCAUUGACCACACUGGACCUAUCAGUCAUGGACAGAUUACCUGUUCUGAGAUGCAAUGCUAGAACCUUACACGUGUUUAGACAUGGCCCUGAGGCCACAAGGGUCAUAAGAGAAGCCUUGUCCCUAGCAUUGGUUCCUUACUACCCACUUGCAGGAAGACUCAUAGAAUCCAAACCACGGUGUCUCCAAAUUGAAUGCUCAGGUGAAGGUGUGUGGUAUGUUGAGGCUUCAGCUGAUUGCACCCUUCACUCUGUCAAUUUCUUUGAUGAUGUUCAGUCUAUUCCAUAUGAUGAUCUUCUUCCUGAUCAUAUUCCUGAAAAUGAACAUGUUGACCCCCUAGUGCAAAUGCAGGUGACAAAAUUUGGUUGCGGGGGUUUUGUGAUAGGUCUCAUGUUCUGCCACAGCAUAUGCGAUGGCCUCGGCGCAGCACAGUUUCUAAAUGCUGUUGGGGAGCUAGCUAGAGGACUUAACAAGCCGACCAUUGAACCAGCAUGGCACAGGGACUUCUUUCCACCCCAAGAAGCUGAAGCUGAAGCACAACCAAACCUUAAGCUAUUAGGUCCACCUCCAAUGCCAGAUUACCAGUUACAACAUGCCAACAUAGAUAUGCCCAUGGAUCAAAUCAAACAGCUAAAAUCAUCAUUUGAGCAAGUAACAGGACAGACUUGCUCUGCCUUCGAGAUUGUAGCUGCAAAGUUUUGGAGCAGCAGAACAAGAGCCAUUGAUUUAGACCCCAACACCCAACUGAAGCUUGUGUUCUUCGCAAAUUGCCGAAACCUUUUGAACCCUCCACUUCCCAAAGGUUUCUAUGGAAACUGUUUCUUCCCAGUGACGAUCACAGCUUCAUGUGAGUUUCUUAGAGAUGCCACGAUCAUUGAGGUGGUGAAGGUGAUUCAAGAAGCCAAGGGUGAGUUACCUUUGGAGUUCGGGAAGUACUUGAAGGGUGAGUGUGUGAGUGGCGGUGAGGAUCCAUUCGCACCGCCACUUACAUAUACCACUCUAUUCAUUUCAGAGUGGGGGAGGUUGGGAUUCAACCACGUAGACUAUCGGUGGGGUCCACCAGUCCACGUGGUUCCCAUUCAGGGAUCCAGCAUUAUUCCAGUGGGGAUUGUGGGGUCCCUGCCUCUCCCGAACAAAGGGAUUCGUUUGAUGACGUGGUGUGUAAAGGAGGAACAUAAACUUCCCUUCCUUGAUCACAUGCAUGGUGCCAUGGAUCAGGAACCAUUAUAAGUUAUAGCUUAUAACCUUUCACAGUGGAAUUAAGAUUGAUUCUAAUUGUGUAUUUGACUCUCUUGUUGUGUGCAAGAUCAAGUUGGUUUUUACUCUGUUUCAAUUCCAUGAUAUUUCCUUUUGAAAUAAAAAUUGUACAUUCGAUGCAGAUGGCAGAAUUAUUAUUCCUGAUCUUGAUUGAAAUUGUAUUUAAUUAAGCAUGGCUUCCCCUUUCCCAUUUGGAGGCUUUUAUGUAUCGUGCAAGAAUUGAAAUUCUAUUUGAUUAAGCAAGAGUUGUUUAUUAA